AUGUUUACCAAAAAAGCGCAGCCAGAGUUCGAGAUGAUAAUCAAUAAGCAACAUUCUAUUUUGCGAGUAAUAGGCUGGGAUGCCUACAGCCGUGACUUCAAGUUCGCACCGAUGACUUUUCUGAUAGUGUUUCUUGCCUGUUUGUUCAUGGUUGUGUCACUUUUUGAUCUGUACUAUUUUCGGGAUGACGCGUUCAAUUUUACCUUCGUGCUGGUGACAUUAUGUUACGGUACCAUAGGAUGUGCUCGAUUAGGACUCGCUUUCAAGGAAUCGCACAGUAUGAGCGGCUUGGUGAUCAAGGCAAAAGAGACAUACAGGCAGGCAACUCCCGAUAGCCGAGAGCAAUCAGUGCUGUUACGUUACACCAAGCUACUGAAAAAAUGUGUCACUUGUUACACCAUCACGUUCAUUGGAGGAUGCGUGCUUACCGGAUUCCUUCCGUUGUGUGUGUAUCUGUGGAAUGGUCUGAAAAUUCUACCUUUCGGAGUGAUACUGCCAUUCAUCGACCCCGACUCGCGCAGCGGAUACCAACUGAACUAUGCCUAUCAAGUCAGCUGCAUCCUGUGGACCCCUCCGGGACUGACUGCUUCCCAAAAUGUAUUCUUCGCGCUGAUAUUCAAUAUCUGCAUUCAGUUCGACAUGUUGGUAAUCAAACUGGACGAUCUGGACAAAUUAAUCGUCACAAGUGACGGCGAGAACAUGGACAGCGCCAUUCACGAUAAAAUAAAGGAAAUUGUUCGCUACCAGCAACGGCUUUACAAUUUCAUAUUGACUCUCAAGAACCUGUAUUCGACUCAAAUAUUCAUCGACAUAAAUUGCAAUGCUUUCCAGGUCAUAGUUACAUUGUUUGUUCUUCAUAUUGACAUUUGGAUGCCCGGUUAUAUGAUGAUUUCUGUUGCGACAUUCCAAAUAUUUUUGCUUUCCUUCCUGGGAACUCUAAUCGAAGUGAAGAUUGAUGUGCUUAACAAUCGAAUUUACGAUAUAUCCUGGCACAAGAUGCCAGCGCUGGAACGGAAGAACGUUCAAUUCAUGCUGCAUAGAUCCCAGCAAACGUUACAGCUAACCUAUGGGGGAUUGGUGCCGCUAAACAUGAAUCUAUUUGUCUCGGUUUACAAGAUGAUUUAUUCGAUAUUCAUGAUGCUGCAGAAUCUGUAAGACUCAACUGAUAACACGUUUAGAUCGACGAGAGGAAACACUCGACUUCGUAUCUGAGGGCGG